AUGAAAGAAGCUGAUGAUCAUGAGACCAUCCCUCACUUGUUUAGAUGUCCAAUAAGUCUUGAUUUGUUUAAGGAUCCUGUCACUCUUUGCACAGGACAAACUUAUGAAAGAUCAAGCAUUGAGAAGUGGUUGGCAUCAGGGAAUCUUACAUGUCCUGUUACAAUGCAGAAGCUUCAGGAUCCUUCUUUUGUUCCUAAUAAUACUCUUCGUCAUUUGAUUUGUCAGUGGCUUCAGAUGAGUGACCAAAUAAACCCUCAAUGUGUUUCUACUAUUGAUUCUAUGGCUGCUUUGAGAAUCAAACUUGAAUCUGAUGAGUUUUCUUAUGAAUACAAGCUACAAGUUCUUCAAAGAGUUAGGAUUUUAUGUGAAGAGUUUCCUUCUCGUAAUUCUUGUUUGAUCCAAAUUGGGUUCUUGUCAGUGCUUUUGGAAUUAAUUUUUGGGCAAGAAGAAGCCAAACUAUCACAAGAAUAUCAGGAAUUUGUAGAGCAAGCGCUUAGUUUUAUGGUUGCUAUGGUUUCACUUGAACAGAUACAGCCCCUAAAUGUGCUAAUGGAUGAGUCAAAACUAUCACGGUUCAUGGUUUUGUUCAGUAAUGGCACUUCCAUGAUCAAGAUCAGUUUGUGUCAUUUGGUUCAGGCAAUUUCAUCUUCAGUUGAAACUAAAGAUCUUAGUGUUUUACUCGGAAACACAACGGAGCUUUUACGAGAAAUUGUGCAACUUCUACACCAUAACUCAGAGGCAUCUGAUGCAGCAACCAAAGCCAUAUGUUCACUAAGUAACUUGGAACAAAACAUCAACAAUUUGGUUGUGGAAGGUGCGGUUACUGGACUUAUUUCAUACAUUUCUAAUGCUCAACAAAGAGAAAGAAGCUCUGCACGAGAAGCAAUGGCAGCAAUUGAGAAACUUUUGGUAUUAAGAAGUGCAAAAGAGGAAGUGGUAAAUAAUCCAGAUGGUGUAAAUGUAAUUGUGAAGAUGGUUUUUAGAGUAUCAGAUCAUGGAGGCAGUGAAAGUGCUGUUAGUUCACUUAUAAUUUUAUGUUAUGAUUCAGUAGAAGCAAGAGAAAAGGCCAUUAGAGGUGGAGUUUUGAGUCAAUUACUUCUGCUUCUGCAAAGUCAGUGUUGUGCAAAAACCAAAACAAAGGCAAGAAUCCUACUCAAGCUUCUUAGAUCCAAGUGGGUUGAGGACAAAAGGAAUAUGUAA